AUGGUCCCGAGCACGGAAAAGUUGCCCCCGCAGCUAUGCCUUACCCUGCUUGAGUCCUCUGUUCGUGAUGUUUCGGAACUCCGUCAAGUCAACACUACCGCAAAUCUAGAUUUAGCUAAAGGGGGGUCUCCCAUCAACUAUGAGAAUUACCUAAGCCUACUUCUUGCUGCUGCAACUUUGUAUGACAAAGGUAACAACCUUUCCAAUUCUCGUAACCCAAAAGCCAAGCGUAGUGCUUUUGUUACUGAAACCUCCUUUCCAGACGAUGAUUACGGCGUCGAUUACGACAUUGACUUGUCCCCGUCCAUCCUUUACGAGGCAAAUGUCCACAACCGUCGAGCAGGCGACCAGAAUCGGGCCCGCCAGACCAAUGUCAAUCGCGAACGUCCCUAUAUUCCCCGUGAGAUGUGGGAUAAACUGUCCGACGAUGCGAAAGAAAUUCUUCGUGGCAUGUCGUCUCCUCAAGAAGGCAAUGCAUCGGCCAACAGUAAAUCAUCCUCUGCAUUCCACGCCAACUCCCAUUCCCUAACUGAUACGGGACACUCUCCUUCAACGGACGAAUCGUUGCACAAAGACGACAACGACAAAUUCCACGAUUGUGGGAAUGACACGGAAUUGCUUGCACAUCUCACUGAUCGUUCAAGUACUAUGGCACAUGGAGACAUUCGAAAAGUUCUCGCUUCGGCUUCCUCCUGUAAGCAGAAUCCCACGAGCUCACUACAGUCCAACAUGCUCGAGUACAGUAUUUCCCGGCACGCCGUUACUGGGACAACAUCCUCCCUCAUUGACAGAGGUGCAAACGGUGGACUCGCUGGGAAUGAUGUUAAAAUCCUGAACAAGACAGGUCGUUUUGCUAGCAUCACUGGUAUCAAUGACCAUACCCUGCCUGAUUUAGAUAUCGUCACCGCUGCUGGACUCGUUGAAUCCCAGAACGGACCUAUCAUUGUCAUACUUCACCAGUAUGCACACCAUGGGAAAAGUAAAACAAUUCAUUCUAGUGCGCAACUUGAAUACUACAAGAACGUUGUCGAAGACCGUUCUCGGGUUCUGGGGGGCAAACAGCGUAUCGUAACUCUAGAUGACUACGUUAUUCCUCUUCACGUUCGCCAAGGACUGGCUUACAUGGACAUGCGCCCACCUUCGGAUACCGAAUUUGACACACUUCCGCAUGUUGUUCUUACUUCCGAUGUGGACUGGGAUCCGUCUAUCAUUGACAAUGAAAUUGAUCUCGUCACAGACUGGCAUGAUGCCGUCCAGGACCUCCCCGGCGAUCUGUACGUUGAACCUCGCUUCAAUUCAACCGGGGAAUACCGACACAGACACGUUGCCAAUUAUGACAUUUUUUCGUCGCCCGAAUUGGUCGAUCCAUCCACGGCUAUUGGCAAUAUACUUUCGUCAAACAAGCAUGAUAUGACCCGCAAUGCCCACAAUUACGAAGCUUUGCGCCCUUGUCUUGGUUGGAUCUCUGCCGACACAGUUCGGAAGACCAUCUUGGCCACCACACAAUUCGCUCGCGAGGUUUAUAAUGCACCUAUGCGUAAGCACUUCAAGUCUCGUUUACCGGCACUUAAUGUUCAUCGUCGCAAUGAAGCUGUCGCUACCGAUACCAUUUGGUCGGACACGCCUGCUGUUGAUAAUGGCGCUAAAUUUGCACAACUAUUUGUUGGUAGACGGUCGCUUGUCACCGACAUUUAUCCUAUGAAAACCGACAAAGAGUGUGUUAAUGCUCUUGAAGACAAUAUUCGUCAUUGUGGCGCCAUGGAUAAGCUCAUCAGUGAUCGUGCCAAGGCCGAAGUCAGCAAGAAGGUUUCUGAUAUUACCCGUGCUUACCACAUUGAUCAAUGGCAAAGCGAGCCAAAUCACCAGCACCAAAAUUAUGCUGAACGCCGCAUUGCAACUGUCGAAGCAAAUGCGAAUAAAAUCCUAAACAAAACCGGUGCACCCAAUUCUACAUGGUUAUUGUGUGUUUCCUACAUUUGUUAUUUGUUCAAUCAUUUGGCACAUGAGUCUUUACACGAUCGUACUCCCCUUGAAGUCCUCAACGGUAGUACCCCUGAUAUUAGCGUACUCCUUCAAUUUCAUUUUUGGGAACCGAUCUACUAUCGACUAGAAGAUCCUACUUUUCCUUCCGAUGGGACUGAAAAGAAAGGCCGCUUUGUUGGAAUUGCUGAUUCCGUUGGUGAUGCUCUUACCUAUAAGAUACUCACCAAUGACUCCCACAAGAUCCUUUUCCGAUCCAGUGUCCGCUCUGCGUUGAAACCUAGUGAAACCAAUUUGCGUCUUGAACCACAUGAAGGGGAGAGUCCUCCUAAGCCUAUCAACUUCAUUAAGUCGCGUAGAACUGAGGACGAAAAUUCUUAUGCCCUCCACACGCUACCUGGACAAUGGGGAGCGUUUCCGUGCACGUAUUGCCAGAAAAAUCCUCGAUCCUGA